CGGCACCUCCUCACAACCUCCAGAGACCUGCUGGUCGCAGCUGUCCGGGGCAGCAUGGCAGAGACGGGAACUUAUUUGAAUGGAUAGGACGGCUCCAAGUGCGGUAGAACCAUGGGCUACGGGGAAGUCCUCCACCAGCGUGGGAACGAGAAGGACCAGGUCCAUCUCAACGUGGGAGGGGUUCGCCAUAGAGUGGACGCGCACACGCUGCUCCGCUUCCCUCGCACGCGCCUGGCCCGACUGCUGCACUGCCAGAGCGAGGACGCCAUCCUGGAGCUGUGCGACGACUACAACCCGGCGGAGAUGGAGUACUACUUCGACAGGAACCCCCGGGUGUUCCGCUGCGUGCUCAACUUCUACCACACGGGACGCAUCCACAUGAUGGAGGAGUUCUGCGUCUUCUCCUUCAGUCAGGAAAUCGAGUACUGGGGCAUCCAGGAGCUGCACCUCAGCAACUGCUGCAGCAACUGGUACCACGAGAGGAAGGACUUCAUCGAGGACAGGGACUGGGACAUCCGGAGCGACGACCAGCAGCCCAGCUUUGACUCCUCCUUCGAGGAGCUCUCGGCUCUCGAUAAAGAUCUGGCGAAGUUUAAAGGCGCCUGGUGCGGGGAGGUGAGGAGCUACGUUUGGCUCCGGCUGGAGGAUCCGGCUCACUCCACGGCGGCUAAGGUCAUCGCUGUGGCCUCCCUCAGCGUGGUCCUGACCUCCAUCAUCGCCAUGUGCGUCCACAGCAUGCCAGAGUUCCAGCGGGUGGACGACAACGACAAACCCAUCGAGGACCCCGUCCUCGCCGUCCUGGAGGAGAUCUGCAUCGCUUGCUUCUCGGCCGAGUUCAUCAUCCGCCUGAUCGUGGCCCCCUCCCGCAAGAAGUUCCUGGGAAACCCCUUGAACAUCAUCAACGUCGCUUCCAUUUUGCCGUUUUAUGCCACUCUCGCCCUGGAGACGGCCGAUGAGGAAACCGCCGAGGAGAGCGAGGACCUGGAGAACGUGGGGAGGGUGGUGCAGGUCCUGCGGCUCAUGCGGGUCCUCCGAAUCCUCAAACUGGCCCGCCAUUCCAUCGGGCUGCGAGCUCUGGGCGCCACAGUGCGCCACAGCUACCACGAAGUGGGUCUGCUCAUCCUCUUCCUCUCCGUGGGCAUCUCCGUCUUCUCUGCGCUCAUCUACUUUGCAGAGAAAGAGGAGAAGAACACAGAUUUGGGAACCAUCCCCGCCGGUUGGUGGUGGGCCUUGAUCACCAUGACAACCGUGGGCUACGGCGAUACAUGUCCGGUGACCGUCGCGGGGAAGCUAGUGGCCACCUUGAGCAUCAUCUGCGGCUUGCUGGUGGUGGCUCUGCCCAUCACCGUCAUCUUUAACAAGUUUUCAAAGUACUAUCAAAGAAACAAAGCCAUGGAGGGGAAGGGGAUCACCAAACCUGAGAGACAAGAUCCAGAACUGCCUUACAUUAACAUCCGAGACUUGUUCAUCAGAGGCAGCGUGUACCCUUUUCUAGGAAGCCUCGCCUUCAGGAACAGUGUUAGCAGUGCAGGGGAUAAUACCGAUGCCUCCAGCCUGCAGGACAUGGAAGUGUAUGAUCAUGAUAAUGGCGCCGCAAAAUGAGUUUUCCACCAUUUCGCAGGAUAUCUCCUCGCGACGGAAAAACACUCCGUGCCUCAGAGGCCUGAGUGCUUUAUCACUGGUCCUGUCUUCCUGUUCAGACAGAAAAUAUCUACCCUUUUUUUUUAUAUAUUCAGUCCGUUCAGUCGCCAAAAAUCCCAGAAACCUAAAGGGAAUUCCUGAACUUCGCUGUGAAAGCCCAUUUUCUUCCAGAGAAAACUGCAACGAUGCAUGCGGGAAGCCAUAAUGUUAAUGUUUCUCAAACUGAUGUUCUGUAUUGAUUUGUGCUAAAAGUUCAAGCUGAGAUGCAAGCGGCCGGAAUGACAAAAACGCUGUUUCACACUUGAGAAGUCACAGGCUUGCAUGGCCAGAUAUAAAUACGUUUUGAAGGCGAGUAAUGAAAUAAGGUCACAAAUAUAAAGAUUGCAGGAUGUUUGUUAAAUUGGUCAUUUUGCUCAGCAUGCACACUAAAAAGAACCAAAACAAACAGAAAAAUGUUCUUUAACAUUCUGUUCCUGCGAGUAUUGAUCUGUUCCUUUUUGGUGUUUGCACUUUGAUGAGCUGCUGCUAGACGUUUCAAAUGUGCUCAGAAAGCAUUAAAGAAUUAGCCUUUUAAAUGUUAUUUUGAAUGAUUUGAUUGUUGCUUUUGUUUUUAAAUUAAAGCUAUCCUUUUGAAAAUAGAUUUUAAAUAAAAACCCAAUUUUAGCUGGGUUUGUCAUUAGCUUUUGCAAACGAGUUUCGAUUUUUGUUCAGAUGACCGUCACUCGGAUUAGCAUAUUGCUUAAUCUACAUUUUGUUUCUUUUAGUUGUUUUUUUUUUUUUACUCUAAGGGGAGACAGAAUUGACUUUGAAACGUAUUGAUUAUCACUAAAUUAGCUUUUCAAAGAGAUGCAAAUUUUGAGCUUUUCGGUUCCCAUCGGAAAAAAAGUCAACUUUAGGCCACAACAAUCACGUUAAAGACCCAUUUUGAUCAUUUUUUGAUCUAUUUUAAGUUGUCUUUUAAUUAUGAUGUCUGUUUUGCCAAAAUCCAAAAACUUGUCCUUUUUAGGUCAAUAUUUCAACAGAGCGGCAGAAGUUUAUUAGAAAUUUUGCUGAGAGCUCUCUGUUUACACGCUCUCCUGCUCAAACGUGCCAUGUUUUUAGACUAUAAGUCGCUCCCGACUACAGAAAAAUGUAUGAUAGACAAAAACAUCAAAUAUGAGUAUAAGUGACACUUUUGGGAGAAAUAUACUAAACAAAAUACUGAACCAAGAACAGACAUUUCAUCUAGAAAAGCAAGUUAUUAAAUAGAUUAAAUAUAUAAAUGAUUCAUUAAACAUGAGAUAAACUAAAUUAGUGUCUAUAAGUCAAUUAAACUCUUCAUAUUGCUUCAAAUCACAAAAUUUAUUGAAUUAUUCUUCAUUUUUGUUGCUUUUGAACAACUUUGGUGAUGGUGGCGCUUCUUCUUCUGAGUUGAAUCUGUAGCAAAUACUAAUGCAUUCAUCUACAGUGCCCUCUAGUGGUAGCAAGUGGGAAAAAAACGAGCCAUUUUUUAUAAUGGCAUACAAGAUUGUGACUCAUGCUCGGAAAAAUAUGAUAGUCGUUUGUACGUGGAUACAUCAGAAUGGGGCGGAGCUUGUUUCCUAGGUCACAAAUUUGUCGUCUGUUCCUAAAUCACAACAAUUUAAAUUAAAAAAAAUGCUCAGAAAUUGAAUUUUUAUCUUAAUUUUCUGUAUAUGCAAAAAACACAUUUUUCAAUGGUUAGGGAAUUUAAUUAUAAUAAUCACGAAUAAAUUAAUAUAAUUCCAAUAUAAAAAUGGCAAUAAAUAUUUUAACGCAGGAGAAUCUGAUAAAUUUGUUUCAUUUUCAGGGAAAAGUUUUGCAUUUACUGUCACUUUCCUUGAAGUUUUGACUUUAACUUUAUUUAAAAUAAUAUAUGUUCCCUUUUUAUGAUCAUAAAAGUUGGAUUUAUUGUUGUUUUUUCAAUGAAAGUCAUAAAAUCUGUUUUUUUUUUUGUGUUCAUUUAUUGUCCGUAAAUGUUUUAGUCCGACUGACCUCAAGUGAACUGCAGCAAAACCUAACAUCAAGUGGACUGUAAAACUUGUGGGGCCUGGUCCUAGCAGUGCAAAUAUGAAGAAAAAAGGCAAUUACCUGUAAAGGUCACAAUGUGUCAGCAGAAAUGCCACUGCUGCUUGAAUGAAUACCUGUGUUUC